AUGGAAGACGAUGGUUGCUUACCAAAUGCUGUGACUUAUGAAACAAUCAUUGGUGCUCUGUUUGAAAAAGGUGAAAAUGAUAAAGCGGAGAAACUUCUUCGUGAAAUGAUAUCUAGAGGCCUAUUGACCAAAAUUAUAUUUAACCCAAAAGAAGUAACAUUGACAACAAUCCUGAAAGGUCUCUAUCUCUGUGGUAGUAUUGAAAAAGCAGUGCGCUUUCAUGACAGAGUGCUGGCUCAUGGAUUUCACUUCGACCAAGUCACUUAUGGGACGUUGAUCAAUGGGCUCUGUAAGACCGGACAGACAUCAGCUGUUAUUCAAGUGUUGAGAAAGAUCCCACGGUAUGGCAUUGCUCCUAAUGUCUUCAUGUACAGCGCAAUUAUUGAUAGCCUCUGCAAGGAUACACUUGUAAGUCAGGCUUUUCAUUUAUUCUCUGAAAUGCUUGCUAAGGGAAUUUCUCCUAAUGUUAUCACAUACAGUUCUCUCAUUUUUGGAUUGUGUCUUGAGGGUCAAUAUAAGGAAGCCAUUGAUUUGUUAAGUGAUAUGGUGCUUAGAAACAUUACUCCAAAUGUUCGUACCUAUAGUAUUUUGAUCGAUGGGCUAUGCAAGGAAGGAAAGAUCAAAGAUGCUAAGAAUGUGUUGGCUGUGAUGACAAAACAUGGUGUGAAACCAGAUGUGGUUACUUAUAGCAGCAUAAUGGAUGGAUAUUGUUUGGUUAAUCAGGUAAAUAAGGCAAAAUAUAUAUUCAACACAAUGGCCGAGAAUAGAGUGUUUCCUAAUGUUCGGAGUUACAAUAUCAUGAUUAAUGGCUUUUGCAAAAGUAAAAUGAUCGAUGAUGCCUUGAAUCUCUUCGAAGAGAUGCGUCACAAGAACUUGGUUCCUGACACGGUAACUUACAGUACUCUAAUUGAUGGCUUGGGAAAAUCAAAGAGAAUCCUUUGCGCCUUGGAACUUCUUGAAAAGAUGCAUGAUCGAGGUCAACCUGCCGAUAUAAUCACUUACAAUUCUUUGAUGGAUGCUUUGUUCAAUAUCAAACAACAUGACAAGGCACUUAUGUUAUUCAAUCAAAUGAAAGAGAGUGGCAUUGAUCCAGAUAUAGUUACAUACACCAUACUUAUAGAUGGCCUCUGCAAAAGUGGAAGACUUGAAAAUGCAAAAGAGAUUUUUCAAGAUCUUUCCAUUAAAGGCUAUCACAUAAACACAAGGAUAUACAAUGUUAUGAUCAAUGGGCUCUGCAAAGAGGGCCUACUUCAUGAAGCAUUGGCCUUAAAGUUGGAAAUGGAAGACAAUGGUUGCUCUCUGGAUGCUGUAACUUACGAAACAACUAUUCGUGCUCUGUUGGAAAAAGGUGAAAAUGAUCAAGCGCUGAAACAUCUUCAUGAAAUGAUUGCUAGAGGCUUAUUGAAAAGAUACUAAGGAGAAAUAAAUCAACUCAAAUUAAUAAAUUUUCUGUUGUCAAAAUUUGUACAGAACUUGGUAAAUUUUAUAUCUAUUGGGGUGGAGAGUUUGGGAAAUGCCAUGAACUCACUAUCACCUUGAUUUUGGUUAUCUCACUGUUAUUGAAUUAAUUUUGAACU